AGAGUAAAUCAAAAGGCCUCCAGUGGGUGAUAGAUACAACCAUUGCAUAUCCCAAAGGUGAACCUUUAGACAUCCAGACUUGGAUUCUUGGCUACCGACAACCAACAGUUACACACGUGCAUUACAGGAUUUUUCCAGUUAAAGAUGUACCUGCAGAGCCUGAAGCUCUGACACACUGGCUCUACGAACGAUUCAUUGAAAAGGAGGAUCUCUUGACACAUUUCUAUGAAACAGGAGCUUUUCCUCCACUGCAGGGUCAGACAAAAGCUAUUUCUCGGGAGAUGACCCUCAGCAACCUGUGGUUAGUCGGCAUACAAUCACUUGCGUUUUUGUCAGGCGGUAUGUGGUACUGCAUCUUUCAGUAUUUUUAUCAUUGCCUAUUUUAAAAGUGGAAUGGGACCUGAGGACACAAUGGGAAACCAGGCUCUUGCAAAUGAGUAUCAUGUUGUAUGUGCAAAUGUGAAUAUUCAAGAGUAAAGGAAAAUACUGGACAGACUCUUACCCCUCUUUGGGGAAAUUUUAAACUCCGCUAAAAGUGAAGAUCAGUAACAUAGUGACCUGAUGAUGUAUUAUUUUAAGAAAUGUCUGUAUUUUUAAAAAUGUAUACUCUCACCCACACUUAAGCAAAUUCCGCGUUUGGACAAAAGGUGCAAUCGUACAACCACCGUAGAAGAAUGUCUGUGACAAGAAAGCUCUGUCACCACAAGUAUUUGUUGGCAUUGUAGUUAGAGCUCAGAAAAUUCAGCAACUUGUCUCUUCAGUAGUCUGUACAGCGUUGGUGUGGUAGAGGUUCCUCAUUUGCACAACUUGUACUUUAUUGCAACUCAUUGUGCUGGAGUCAAAGAUACUCGACAGAGCUGGUGGCAGUAUCUUUGCGGCUACGCAGUCAGCAGUUGUUGUAUUAGACACAUUGAUCUAAAACCAAGACCCAAUAUAAGAUCCAGCAUCGGGUGUGUUUCGUGAGGUAUCAGUCCUCAAAAAAGCGUUGCAGCAUCAUGGUGUGAUUAAAAGCUGUCCACAUUUGAUGAAUCAGCCCAUGCCUGCUGUGGUCUUACCAUCAGCUCUCCGAAUUCCACGUGCUACCAGUAUCUUGUAUUAUGAGGAGACUUGAAAAAUAUAAAGUCACUUGGUUUAUUUUCCCUUUGUGUUCAGAAUGCAUCUCAAUGAUCAUUAUCAGUUUUCAAAAUGCACUUUUAAAGGUGAAAAUACAGUGAAGGAAGACAUAAAACUUAAGGAACAGGGGAAAGCUUUAUCUGUCACACAUUGGAAGCCAGAGCAACUCUAGCUGUUUCUGAAGGUCUGCUGGUGCUGCUGGUGAUUUUUAGUCACCUUUGUAUUUUGUAUACUCCAGUCCAACCAAGGUGACCUUUGAGUGGUUUAUAGAGGCCUUGUUCUCCCCCGCUAGUUGCAACAGCGCUAAAUAUACUUGUGGGAGAGUUUGAAUAAUUCAAUGCCAACCAUCUUCAUGUUUUGCUAAGGAAUAAUAGAAAAAAAAAAAUAGUUUCUUAAAAA